AUGAGACAGACAGAAAAAAUUGAAGAGAAUCAGACCAGUGUCACAGAAUUCAUUCUUGUGGGGUUUUCUAAUCAUCCUGAACUCCAAGCUCCCCUUUUCCUCAUCUUCCUUCUGGUGUACACCGUAACUCUGACUGGAAAUGUCCUCAUCAUUCUCAUCACAACAUUGGACUCUGCCCUUCAGAGCCCCAUGUACUUCUUCCUCCGGAACCUGUCUUCCUUGGAAAUCUGCUUCAAUUUGGUCAUUGUCCCCAAGAUGUUGGUGGACUUCCUCAGAGAGAACAAGACCAUCUCCUAUUCUGGUUGUGCUGCACAAAUGUAUUUCUUCUUCUUCUUUGGUGCCGCUGAGUGCUGCCUUCUGGCUGCGAUGGCGUAUGACCGUUACGUUGCCAUCUGCAACCCGUUACGCUAUCCCGACAUCAUGAACCGAAGAGCUUGCUUCCAACUGGCUGGUGCUUCAUGGUUCUCAGGUUUCCCCGUGUCUACUGUCCAGACCACAUGGAUAUUCAGCUUGCCAUUUUGUGGACCCAACAUAGUCAAUCACUUUUUUUGUGACAGUCCUCCAGUACUAGAACUGGCCUGCGCUGAUACCCACAUGUUUGAAAUUGAAGCUCUCACAGCCACAGUGCUCUUCAUCAUGUUUCCUUUCCUCUUGAUUCUGCUCACUUAUGUCCGCAUCAUCACUACCAUUCUGAGAAUGCCAUCAGCAGAGGGCAGGCACAAAGCCUUCUCAACGUGUUCAUCUCACCUUGUGGUGGUGACUCUGUUCUAUGGCACAGCCACAUCGACCUACUUCAGACCCAAAUCUACCUACACUCCGGACACAAAGAAGAUCCUCUCUCUCUCCUACACUGUCAUCACCCCCAUGUUAAAUCCCAUCAUCUACAGCUUGAGAAACAAGGAGGUAAAAGGUGCAUUGAAGCGAACACUGGGCAGGAGAAUAUUUGCAUACCAAAAAUAA